CACCACAGACGAGGUUGGGGUCCUUUCAUAACAACAAUAUGGCUGCGCUCGUUAAAGGCAGACACCGUUGGAAACGAAUCAAUUGGUGUCAUAUUUUGACCAGAAAUCUGACAGGGAAGUAUGACUAUGAUGUGGUCGUUAUUGGGGGUGGUUCUGGAGGGCUUGCCUGUUCCAAGGAAGCUGCACAGCUUGGACAGAAAGUUGCUGUUCUGGAUUAUGUUGAGCCCUCUUUGAAAGGCACCAAGUGGGGCCUUGGUGGCACGUGUGUAAAUGUUGGCUGCAUCCCGAAGAAACUAAUGCACCAGGCAGCCCUCCUUGGAACUGCAGUCAGAGAUGCACAAAAGUAUGGUUGGCAGCUCUCAGGACCAAUUUCCCAUGAUUGGGCCACCAUGGCUGAGGCCGUUCAAAACCACGUCAGGUCUUUGAACUGGGGUCACCGGGUCCAGCUCCAGGACAAGAAGGUGAAAUAUCUGAACAUGAGAGGUAGCCUUGUGGAUGAACACACAGUCAAAGCAGUGACAAAAUCUGGGAAAGAGAUGACCCUGACUGCCAAGAACAUUGUUAUUGCUACAGGUGGCCGUCCCAAAAUCCCCACAAACAUUGCAGGAGCAAUGGAACAUGGUAUCACCAGUGAUGACGUAUUCUGGUUGAAAGAGUCGCCUGGAAAAACGCUUGUGGUUGGAGCAAGCUAUGUAGCUCUGGAGUGUGGCGGCUUCCUUACCGGCAUCGGCUUGGACACCACAGUGAUGGUUCGCAGCAUCGCCCUUCGGGGUUUUGAUCAGCAAAUGGCAGGAUUAGUGACAGACUACAUGGAGUCUUAUGGAACCAAUUUUGCAUUGAGGUGUAUCCCCAAGAGAGUGGACAAGCUUCCAUCAGGUGACCUGAAAGUGACCUGGAAUGAUGCCCUCACAGGCAACGAACACAAUGACACCUAUAACACCGUGUUAUGGGCAGUUGGUAGAGCUCCAGAAACGAAAGCACUGGGUCUCAACAAACUUGGUGUGCAGCUCAACGAGGAGACUGGUAAAAUAAUUGUCGGGGUGGAUGAAUCGACAUCUGUACCAAACAUCUAUGCUUUUGGGGACAUCGGCCAGGGGCGUCCUGAAUUGACACCUACGGCUAUUAAAGCAGGAAAACUCCUCGCCCGCAGACUUGCCGGCCACAGCACAGAGCUCAUGAACUAUGACAAUGUUCCAACUACCGUAUUUACUCCACUUGAAUAUGGCUGCGUGGGACUAUCUGAAGAGGAGGCCGAAAACAGGCAUGGCAAAGACAACAUAGAGGUAUACCAUGCCUUCUACAAGCCUCUGGAAUUCACUGUGGCAGAGCGUGAUGCUAGCCAGUGUUACUUAAAGGUGAUAUGCCAGCGGCAUGGAGACCAGAAGAUACUGGGUCUGCACUUCACUGGACCAAAUGCCGGAGAAGUUACACAGGGCUUUGCCAUGGGCCUCCGGUGUGGUGCCACAUAUUCACACCUAAUGGGUACGGUAGGAAUCCAUCCGACCUCCGCUGAGGAGCUAACCAAGGUCAACAUCACAAAACGUUCUGGAUUGGAUGCCACAGUCACUGGCUGCUGAGGUUAAAGCCAUGGUCUCUGAACACUUAAGCACACAGGGUAGAAAAAUAGGUUGGGUCCAAAUGCCAAUUCUGGUUUAGCCCGCAAGUUCUCGUCGCUCCAUUUCCUCCUCACGACCAUCUAAAUGUGUUUUUGGUAUGACACUCGCUCACUUUUGGUGGUCAACUGUUAUUGGAUUUGAUUUCUUUUUGUCACCAAUAGUUAGAAUUUUUGUGAGUUCAAUCAGUAAGUUGUCAUGAGCAAAGUCUCCCAAUCAGGUUUGUGAAAGCCUCUGCUGCAGAGAUCGUUUUGAAAGAAAGGCUCAUAAAUCAGGGUGAAACCCUGUUCUCAGAGUGUCAUUGAAAUUUCGCAAGAAACACAGAAUAGGUUGUAACAUUUUUCUGAAAAUAUAUUCGACAAAUAUUGUUGUUUCUGUGGCUAUACUUCCUGUCCAUUAGUCUUUAAGGUGACACAUACCAUAACCCCCCUACACUCCGCCCUCAAUGACACUGAUGGAUGGCCCCUGGGCCGUCGUCGCAGCGACACCGCCCCAUUUCCCAUGGACAGACACAAACAGUCAUUGGGCAUUUGGUCAGACAUUCUGGAAAGACUUGACCAGGGAGACGGACCUCUCCAAUGAUGUCGAAACCUCUCCUUGUCCUACCAAACUCUCAGACGCAACAUAAAACAAUACAGUAGAAUGAUCAACUUCUGUAGGCCGAGCAGGCAGCACUUGAUGGGGCGUCACUGCACAAGUAGCUCUGCAGGAGCCGCAGUACUCAGUGUUGCCCAACGGUGGCACUAUUGCCUGCUCAUUUUUCUCUUGAGUGGAAAAGAGAGGAUAAAGUUGUCACCAGACAAAACCUUAGCUCCGAUACAUUUGUCUCGUAGGUUUAAUUCCCUUAAUCCCCACAAGUGAUAUGCUUUUUGUUGAAGUUGGAGAGUAGAGUGGAUUGAUUGCUGCACCAAUUGCUCAGCCUUAUCUCGUGUAUUUACAUGGAUGGGAGGUUAACGCUCGGUAGUCAUCACCCUCUGAGAUAAGCUAAGUUGUUUAUAUCAAUAGCCGUAAUAGCAGAUAAAAGUGCCCAAAUGUUUAACCUGCUGCCUGACCUGGACAUCCUCAACACAGCUUAUUAGGCAGAAGGUGAGGAGGGCCAGAAAUGGGUCGCUACACAAAUUUGAGGACCGUAAUGGUGGGUGUCGUUUAUUUUUGAUCUGCCUGGUCUGAUUAAUGAUUCCGAUGAGGGGAGUGACAGCGUGCCUCGCGAUGGGGAAAAAAGAGAGAGCGGGCUACCAGGUUUAUUUGGACCUGGCCUGGGAGAGUACGGGCUGAUUUUCAGCUGGGUUGGGGAAGGAUCGGCUGGGUGGGGGCAGGAGGGUGGUGGGGGGAUUCCUGUGUGCUCUGUUCAUAGACCGAGUGCUGACUGAAGAACCCUGACCUCCGUUCAGCAGGAACAGCUUGACUCUAUCACUUUGAGGACAGAGGGCUCACAUGCUCUGCUGCUGCACGGCAGGGGCCAAGUGAGUUUCGGAUGAAGAGAGUAACGAUGGUCACUGGACCCAGGAAAGCAACAUGGCACUGAGUCGCUAAUUGAGUCUCUAUUCCAGUGCUUAACAAGGCACUUCACAGACUCCGGUUUAGAGCGAAGGGAAGUCAAGUCAGUGUGUCGGUGUAACCUUCAUGUCUGUUUGCUUUUAUCAUCCAUUUCCCCUCAGCUGUCCACGGUAUCCGCAUACAGUACCCCUGUGCUCACACGCACAAGAUGAAAAUGUGUUGUGUUCAAAGUAUUUUAAAUUGGAGGAGUACUGAACAUUGUUGAGCGGUCUCUGUCAUCCAACACAUGAGUAGUGAGCCCCCUCUGAGCAGCAUGGGGGAUCGGGGUUCAACUUUCAGGUAACCAGCUAAUGAUGACCUGCACUAAAACUCAAAACUGGGGAGUGCUGGCCUGAUGUCCUCUGGCUGCCCGCCUAAAGUUUAAAAAGAAAAUGUCAAAAGAGAAAUGUCAUUUUCCAUGAAAGCUUUGUUAUACAUAAUCUAUUUGUAAAGUACAGUAAUAACACUGGAUAUUAAAGUUGUGAUGUGUACUCA